CCACCUACACCAUCGCCAUCCUCUCCGCUGCUCUCUCGUCCUCGUCCACGCGCCCCGCCGGCUCUCCAGUGUAAUUAAAGCCAGCCAGUGCGGAUAAUAGAACCGUAAUGGUGUGUAAUUGUGAUAAUCAAUACAUAGUGCAUACUAAAGAAGUCAGCGUUUAUAAAUUUAGAGCGGAGGAGAUGCCGCUUGGUCUCACACGACUCAUAAAGCCCGAGUGACCUUGAAGGGGACUUUAACGUCGUUAAAUCACAUUGAGGCAAUAGUCAGCCUACGCACACUGUAGCGGAACUUAGCAUAGCGUGAGCACUCUCCAAGGGCAAAAGUGGAAGAUGGCGUUGAUGUAUAUCCUUUGUAGUGUUUGUUAAAAUUGGUGACGCUAUGAGUCUUGACCCCUUCGACCCCUCAGCUUUUGGCCUCAGGGGUUCUGUGGAGGUGGGCCGAAGGGUGGAAUGACCUCCACUUGGAAAGCAGGGAGCGGGGUCACCAGCUUGGCUGUGCAGGGGCUUGAAGUGACGUUCACUCUUUUGGAGCAGGAUGGCCACACUCCUUUGGAAUGUUCCAGGGAUUUUUCAACCCCUAUCUGGAAGUCUUCUGGAUAAUUCUGAUGAACUUGAGCAGAGAGAUAAGAGGGAAGAAGCGCGGGAAUUGAUGAUCCCCGGAGCGCCGUCCUGGAAGGGGAUUUGUGAGGCGAGGCGGGCGGGAGGAGGAGCGGGUGAUCGGAACGGGGCGGAGAGGACGAGCGAGAGAAGAGUAUGGGCCCCUCUUCCGUGUGCAGGGUUCUCCUGUUGCUUUGCCUCCUGUGUCGUCGGAGCGUCACGGCACAAGCCGAGGCCUGCAGGACAGUUGUGCAAGCAGACAUCGUUUUCCUGGUGGACGAGUCUUCGAGCGUCGGCACAGGUGGCUUCUCCGCGAUGAAAGACUUCAUCUCGGAGAUGCUCUCCUCCUUCAAGGACAGCCCCGUGGGAGCCGAGGGCAUCCGUUUCGGAGUCACCGUCUUCGGGGACGUCCCCAGGAUGCGAAUCGCCUUGACGGACUACAGCUCCCUGGAGGAGGUGCUCGGGGCGGUCAGGAUGCUUCCCUAUGAAGGCGGAGCCAGGAAGAUGGGCGCCGCCCUGCAAUUUCUCGUACACCACGUUUUCAGCGCCGCCAUCAGUCGCGACCACGCACCCAAGGUGGCCAUUUUGAUCACAAACGGACCUUCGGACGACCCCUUUGACGCCGCCGCCAAAGAAGUGGCCGACAAUGGGAUUUCGCUUUAUGCUGUCGGCGUGAGGGGAGCUGAGGAGGCCGAGCUGAGGACGACGGUGUCCCAGCCGCAUGAGGAGCACCUCUUGAUGGGUGCUGACUUCCCCCUAUUGGAGGCCGUCCUCCCCAAAUUGUCUCGCCGAGUGUGUUUCACCGCCUCCGAGCCGCCGCGCCCCGUCAAAAUCUUCCUGCCCGUCAAAGAGCCCAUCUUGGGUCCAAGAGAUCUGCGGGUGAGCGAGCUGGCCUACGGCUCCCUCAGACUGACGUGGACGGCGGCCACGGGGGACGUCACGGGCUACCGACUCACGGUCGUCCCUCUCAGCUCCAGAGGACAACCCGUCAACGCGCAGCAGAGACAGAUUGGUCUGAAGGCAGACGUGACGACCAUCGUGGUGGCAGAGCUCAACCCAAACACGUCCUAUUCCCUGACUGUGUCUGCCAUAUAUCCCAGUCUCAUCGGAGAGUCUGCGACGACUACUGCCCAGACGACGCCAUUGCCUCAAGUGUUAAAUUUCCGAGUGAUCGAAGAGGGUCUUUUCUCGCUACGUCUGGGCUGGACGCCUCCUCUCAAGAAGCUUGACGGAUUCAGGGUUCUCAUCCCAAGAUCCGACCGACCAGGCUUCGUGUACGAGCAGCUGCUCCCGGGAGACGCCUCCUCACACGUGAUUGACAGCCUGGAGGAGGACAAAAAGUACAACAUCAGUAUUUUGGCGGUUUACCCACAAGGGCUGAGUGAACCUGUUUCCGUCGUGGGAAAGACAUUGAAGCUGGUCACAAUUCAAGAACUCCUGGUCCAGAAUGCAACCACUGACACUGUGCAAGCCAAAUGGACGUCAGUUAAAGGCGCCACGGGAUACCGUCUCACAUGGGCGUCGCCAGAGGGCCACAUCGAGAACAUCAACCUCAGGGACACCUUUGACUUCUACAUGAUCCAGGGCCUCCACGCGGGCGCCGAGUACACCAUCACCAUGAACCCCAUCUUUGGUGACAUCGAAGGGCCCGUCACCUCCGCCAAAGUCAAGACAUUGGAAAGCAGUGCGGUGCAGACCCUGAAGGUGUCAGCUGUGAGCACCAGCGCCGCUGUCAUCACGUGGAACAGCGUGCCUGGCGCCACUGGGUACCGACUGGCCUGGGGACCCACUAUAGAGUUUGUAGGUCGGGACCGUCCCAGGCAGGUGGCUCUGAACGGCACCACCACUGAGUACCAGCUGAAGAAUGUCGCCCAUGACACGGAGUACGCCCUGACUCUCUAUGUGCUCUUUGGAUCGGUGGUCGGGCCUGGCAUCACCGCCACCUUCCGAACAUCUCCUCUUGGUUACGUGUCCAGCUUUGAGGUAACCGCCUACACCAGCACCACCAUAGAAGUGCAGUGGAGUCCAAUAGUUGGCGCUACGGAGUACAAACUUUCCUGGAACACUGACAGCGGCAGCCCCCAGUCACGCUACUUGGACCACAGCGUUCUGUCCUAUCACAUCACGGACCUGAGCCCUCACACCACCUACACCAUCACAGUCCGUGCAAUAUAUGGCAACACGGAGGGGCCUGAAAUUUCCUUAAGUCAAGUCACAGCGGCUGCCUUGGACUCAGAACCGCCCCAACUGGUGAAGGAAGUCAGAGUUGUGGACACUGGUGUUAACUCUGUCACCCUCUCCUGGAAACAAACACCUGGUGCAACCGGCUACAAAGUCUCCUGGAUCCACUUCAUGGGGGGAGAAGAGAAGUCCCAUAUGGUACCAGCUGGUGUUACAACCUUCACUAUCCAGAACCUACGCGAGGGCUCGGCCUACAAGAUCCAAGUGUCCUCCAUGGCGGGCACCCGGGAGGGAAGCUCUGUCCUGGUCACAGCACGGACCUCGGACCUUCCAAAAGUGACUGGCUUCUCAGCAAUAAACACGACGGACAGCAGCACUGUUCUGAGCUGGAACCGAGUGACGGGUGUCUCCGGGUACCGUCUAAGCUGGAGGCACAUCUCAGUGUUUGAGACCAAAAAAGAGACGCUGGGUCUUAGUUUCACCUCCUUUAAAGUCGGUGACCUCCUGUAUGGCAGAACAUAUAUUUUCUCCAUUCGGCCUUUGUAUGGGCAAGUGGAGGGACCGGUCAGCACCGUAUACCAGAGGAUUGUGGGACAGCAUCCUUCAACGUCACAGCCAACAACGGUGGCCCCGUAUGUCACAGCCAGCACCUCAACCCCUCAGAGAACCACUCGAAGCACCGAGCACCCUAUUGUGCUGCCCAUUACUACAGUGAAGACGACCCCAGUUCAUCCAACAGCGGCCUCCCCGCAGUUCACACCGCCACGCGCAGUGACUCCUGCUCCAUCGAGAGCAGAGUGCGGCCGGAGCAAAGUGGACAUUGUGUUCCUGGUGGAUGAGUCGUCCAGCAUCGGCGCCAACAACUUCGACAAGAUGAAGGACUUCAUAUUCCGCGUGGUCACCUACUUCCCGGUCAUCGGCCCCAAAGGCACGCAAAUAGCCGUGGUUCAUUUCAGCGAUGAGCCUCGAAUUGAAUUCCGACUCAACGAUCAUAAAGACCGGAACUCCGUGCUUUGGGCACUCACGGGGUUACGCUACGGAGGGGGCAACACCAAGACAGGGAAGGGCAUCAGCUAUGUCCUGCAGGAAAUGUUUCAGGAGUCUCUAGGCAUGAGGCAGGAUGUCGCCCAUGUUCUGGUGCUGAUAACAGACGGCAGGGCGCAGGACAACGUGGAGCCCCCCUCCAGGAUCGCCCGCGCUCUUGGCGUCAGCAUCCUGGCGGUGGGCGUCGCCAAUGCCGACCUGCAAGAGCUGCGUAAAGUCGCGGCCCCCGGCAGGUACAAGAAUGUCUUCUACUCGCCGACCUUUGACGACUUUCCCUCCGUCGAGAGAGAAUUCAUCGGGAGCAUCUGCGGCGAGGAGCUGCGCUCCGAGUUCAAGCUGCGCCUGGAUGAGGAGCUGGACACGCCCACUGAUGACCCAACGGAGUUGGCAAAACCUCAGGCCCCCUGCCAAUGUAUCAAGGGCCAGAAAGGAGAAAGGGGCGAUGGUGUAGGAGGCGGUCUGCGAUUUAGGCAAACUCCCGGGCACUUUGAUCCUUUCACCUCGACCAAGGGAGAGACGGGUGAAAAGGGACCUCCCGGAACGGACGGCGUUCCUGGGCUGCCCGGACGCCCUGGACGAACCGGACCCCCAGGUUCCGCCGGGCAACGGGGCACUCCAGGCAUACCGGGCGAUACGGGUCCUCGUGGUCUCACCGGUCCCAAAGGACAGAGAGGAGAGAGAGGAGAGCCUGGUUACGUGAUCGCCGCCCCAGAUGCAAACUUCGUCCCCGGGCAAAAAGGAGAACCAGGAUCUUCGGGUCCCCAGGGACCUCCUGGUAUUCCUGGACUCAUCGGAGUCCCGGGUCUGCCUGGUCCAGCAGGACCACCAGGAAUAUCUAUCAAGGGGGACCUCGGAGAGCCAGGAGAAAAGGGUUUACGAGGGAAGCCGGGCACGAAGGGCGACACAGGAGAAGCCGGGAGCAUCGGUAUGGCAGGGUUGCCCGGUCCAAUCGGCAUCAGCGGCGUGCCUGGUUUACCGGGUCCGAAAGGAGAGAAGGGUGAAUGCGGACAGAGCUUUUUAGGGGGUCAAGGCCUUCGCGGAGAGCCGGGGGAGAAGGGAAACGUGGGCAUUGCAGGACCAAUCGGCCCAAAGGGUGAACUUGGAGAACAAGGCACCCAAGGAGCUGUUGGACCUCGGGGGAAAAAGGGGUUCAAAGGGGAGCAAGGGGACAAGGGAGAACAAGGCGAGAGGGGGCCCAGUGGACCGCAAGGACCAACGGGACCAACAGGACCGAUUGGCCUUAAGGGAGAUGCGGGACCAAGAGGAGCCCCCGGCGACACUGCCAAGGGUGUCAUCGGUCCAACCGGCAAAAAGGGCAUCCGGGGAGACGUCGGUCCAAUCGGUCCCGUGGGCCCUCUGGGAAAAAAAGGGGAACAAGGAGACAAAGGAGAAAAGGGGAGUCCUGGUUUUGGAAUUCCAGGACAGGGGGGACCAAAAGGGGAAAAUGGCGAGCGGGGAAAUGUUGGUUUAUCUGGAAAACCAGGAGCAAAGGGACAGGACGGCUCCAAAGGUGACAAGGGGGACGCGGGCUCACCGGGAAAUCCCGGAGAAGCUGGCUUAAGAGGUAAAGAUGGUGGUGCCGGAGUUAAAGGAGAACAAGGGAUGAAGGGGGAGCGAGGACCGCAAGGAGCAUCUGGUGACCCAGGACAGAGGGGCCCACUCGGGCUCCCGGGGCAACCGGGAGCGCGGGGAGAGAAAGGAGAUAUUGGAAGCGCUGGCCUGCCUGGGCUCGAUGGAGCAAAUGGCGACAAAGGCGAGCCGGGAAAACCUGGACCUCCGGGAACGCAAGCGGUACGAGACAAUAUCUUCGCCCGAGUGAUCAAGGGCGAGCCGGGUGAACCGGGUUUAAGAGGAGAAAUCGGCCUGCCCGGACCGAGAGGUCCUGAGGGUAAACCCGGACAACCAGGAUCGUCAUUGGGUGAUUCCGGCCUUCACGGUACACCGGGAAAACCGGGCGAAAAGGGGGAGCGGGGACCAAAAGGAGAGCCUGGCGCAACGGGCGAGAGAGGCGAACAGGGCCGCAUCGGGAUCGCCGGAAUGCCGGGAUUACCGGGAACUCCGGGACGAGCUGGCAUCGACGGCAAGCGAGGACUCCCGGGGAAAGAUGGGGAGGGAGGACCAAAAGGGGAAGAAGGCAAAAAGGGAGAGAAAGGCGACACGGGGGCAAACGGUAGAGACGGCAGCAAAGGAGACCCGGGACCGCCAGGUUUACCCGGGAAACAGGUCCUUGUCACCGCAGAGGGCGCCACCAUCGACGAAAUCCGCCAAGCCUUUCCCGUCCCCAUGGGUCCUCCGGGAGCUACCGGCUCGCCGGGAAUGAAGGGAGAGAAAGGCGACAUCGGCAUGAAAGGCGAAAAGGGUGAUGCGGGAGCCUCUGGGAAAUCCUUAGAAAUGAAGGACAUCGAAGCCAUGUUUGACGCGUACGGCAUCAAGCUGCCCCUGUUGAAGGUUUUGAUUGACAGGCUGCUGCAGGGCGGCACCGAGGAGCUCCUUCGCACACUCGGGAGCGCCGCGACAACCUCGCAAAGCGCAGGCACGCGAAACGAAGAAACGCAGACCUCAAAUGCCAUCACGGAAUACACGAGCUCUGUCAAGAUUGAUUUAUCCAGCCGCAUGCGACUGGACACCUUUGAGGAAUUUGAGCUGGACCAACCGACGCGGCCUGACUCUUGGAAUGAAUCUACUGAGGGUCCAACGUUAUGGACACCGCAGAAACAAAAGGAGGAGGGUCUUGACGGGCCGUCCAAAGCCAAAACAAAUCCAACUCAAGUCAGCUCCACUUUCAACGACACUUCAAACCAGACGGUCUCUGCCCAUCCACGAAGUGACACCCAGGCCGUCCCGGUCACUCUGCCGCGCGCGGGCAAGAAAAACGCAGGGCACAAGAGGCAAAACAGAGAACGUGGGAAGGGUAGAGGAAACAAAGGACGACAUUCCAGGCAGACAGAUCCCCCGAAGAGCGGGCAGUCGUCAGAGGAGUUUUAUGACGCCCGCCAUUACGACGAGCAAGAGGAGGAAGCGAUGUCGCUGCCAUCUCCUCCCAUCACCACCCAGGAAGCAGACAAGGUGCCGCCAACCAGGGUCAAGAGGAAUUGGUCCGACGCAAAGAGAAGCACCUCCGACGUUGGAGGAGGAAGCCGGCGACGCCACGUGAUGGAUCCAUUCGUGCAAAGUCCAGCAGAGGGGCCCGGGCCCGACGACGAGGAUUGGAGUGGCGACUGGGAGACGCGGGAGGAAGAUGAAGCCGAGCUGGCGAGGCGACGACAGCUGGAGGAGUGGGAGAGGAGGAGGGCUGACAUGGAGAGGACGGGCGAAGGAGAAGGCGGGCGACCUUCCCCUUACCACCCCGACUAUUUUUACCUCAAGGGGCAACCAGGUGAGGACGGAAUGCAGGGUCCCAAGGGGGACGUUGGAGAGAAGGGACAAAAGGGAGAGCCGGGCAUCGGCCACCGAGGGCCUGAGGGCCAAGCCGGUCCCCCCGGCAACAAGGGUGAGCCGGGAGAGGCGGGGCCGCCGGGCGCUCAGGGAAUCCAAGGCAUCCGCGGGAGUUCAGGCAUCCAGGGGCACCCGGGCAUCAUGGGCCCCCCGGGAGACCCCGGAGAGCCCGGCCGGGAGGGUGAGCGAGGGAAGCGGGGGAAAAAUGGAACGCCGGGAGGCACGGGACCUCCAGGAGCACCGGGUCCUGAUGGCUCUCCUGGUGUACCUGGAUUAAAAGGAGAAAAGGGGGACAGUAUCCCUGGAGAGGCGGGGCCUCGAGGUUUCACUGGUUUCCCUGGAAAAAGGGGCGACCAAGGGGCCCCGGGUAUGAAAGGAGGACCAGGACUCGUCGGCCCCAAAGGUUUACGUGGUUUCAAAGGCGUCAAGGGUGAACGUGGGAUGCAAGGCAUCAGAGGAGAACGGGGGAGUGCGCUUCAAGUUCAUGGACCUCGUGGAUUGAAGGGCGCCAAAGGCGAUGCGGGUGAGCGAGGCUCCCCGGGCUUUGACGGCGAUAAAGGAGAGAAGGGCGAGGACGGUCCACCCGGAGUGAAGGGCCUGAAGGGUGAUGCGGGCACAAAAGGAACUUUGGGACGCUUUGGCACUCGAGGACCAGGCGGUCAGAAGGGAGAUCCGGGAGAACCGGGCGACCCCGGAGUCAUGGGUCGCCCGGGAAAUGACGGCAUGAAUGGCACCAAAGGGGACAAAGGCGACGCGGGACUGCAAGGCCAGAGGGGUAAUCAGGGGGAUUCGGGAGAAACGGGCUCACCUGGAGAUAAGGGAGCCAAGGGAGAGAAGGGCUUCCGGGGCGUUCCAGGAUAUUUCGGGAGUCCCGGUCUCAAUGGCGAAAAGGGGGACGGAGGCUCACCUGGCACCCCCGGCAUCCCUGGCUUGAACGGACUUGCCGGAAAAAAGGGUGACAAAGGCAACGCCGGCAUCAAUGGCGUCGGCGGUGGCUCGGGAGGGAAAGGCCAAAAGGGCGCGGCCGGGUUCCCGGGCUUUCCGGGAUUCAAAGGCUCGGUGGGAAGACCCGGAAGGGAUGGAGGCCGAGGACAACCAGGGGGUCCAGGACCCCAUGGGGACCCGGGAGCCAAGGGCGCGAGGGGCCGCAGAGGAAAAACGCAGCCGUGUCAACGGGGAACGCCCGGCAGGCCCGGUCUCAGAGGCCAGAGUGGCGUGUUGGGAAUCGGAGGAGCGAAAGGCGACAAGGGGGAGCCUGGCCUCUCAGCUCAUGAAGUGAAGAAGCUCAUCAGCCAGGAGGUGAUGGACAAGUGUGGCUUGGAGUACAAGUUGAUGGUGAAGUCAGUGGAUCCCGACGGGAGCUCCGCGCCGGCCGGCCCGCACGAGGAUGACGACGACGGCGGUGACGGCGGCGGGGACGAGGCGGAAGAACAUCCGACGAGGCAGGCAGGGUUGCCGGCGAACGGCGUUGAUGCCGCGGAGACGCUCCAGAGGGAAAAAAGACGACUUUUUAGAACGCCGUCCUCCAGGUCCGAGGAACGCUGCCUGGAGCCCAUGUCCGAGGGCUCGUGCUCCGACUACGCCCUCUUGUGGUACUUUCACGCCGGGGCGGGUGAGUGCCGGCCCUUCGUGUACGGCGGCUGCAGCGGCAAUGGCAACCGCUUCGCCUCGCUGCUCGAGUGCCGCGCUUGCUGCGUGCUGAUGCCGGAACGCGGCCGAGGAGACGGCGGCGGUGCCUGGACAUGAUCAGGAGGCACUUGUUUGUACUGUGUAGGAUUCUUAAUUUAUAUACUUGAAUGCUUAAUAUGAUAUGAUAAUACUUCAUAUGAAAUGCCUCUCAAGGCUUCUUCUUCAGCUUCCUGGUGUGACCCCCCACCGGGGGGUAUCAUCGUUUUGGAUUUAUCAUGUUUUUUUUUUUUUUAUUUCGUUUAGAUU